AUGAUCCAUGCGGUGUUGAUAUUCAACAAGAAAGGGCAGCCCAGAUUAGUCAAGUUUUACACCCCGGUCGAUCUGCCCAAGCAGAAGCUGCUGUUGGAACAGGUGUACGAGCUCGUGUCACAGAGGAACAACGACCUGCAAAGCUCGUUUCUAACCACUCCCCCAUCACUUUUGAGCGAUGACCGCUCUCCCGAGGAUGAAGAGAUUCAGAUCAUCUAUAAGAACUACGCAACGCUGUUCUUUACAUUCAUAGUAGACGACCAGGAGUCGGAGCUGGCCAUUCUGGAUCUGAUCCAAACGUUUGUGGAGUCGCUGGACCGCUGCUUCACGGAAGUGAGCGAACUGGAUCUCAUCUUUAACUGGCAAACGUUGCAGAGCGUUCUGGAGGAGAUCAUUCAGGGUGGAAUGGUCAUCGAAACUAACAUAUCGAACAUUGUACAUUCCGUGGAUGAACUGAACAGCGCCUCCGAGCAGUCAGAUGGGGCAGUGGGUCGAUUAGCGAACUCUGGCUUUGGCAGUGCUCUGCAGGCCUUCGCCAACGGCGGCUUCGCACAGUGGGCUUCUCGUCAGUAA